CCCGAAAAACCGAACCCGAAUUGACACCCCUAUUUGUGGCCCAAGUUCCUUGUCCUUUUCUGGGGGAUUCUACUACACGUGAGAAUGAGAAAGGAGGUCAUUUAAUUCAUCGAGCGGCGAUUGACGAUCGAGCUGUCCAAGGUAGCUUGAGCUGAUUUCAACGAGAGCGAUUAUUUAAACAUCUUCUCUAUCCACCAUUACAAAACUUUCGGGCGCAUUUCCUUUCCUAACUUUUGGCGCUUCAACAUGCAAACCUAGAGGCUCUCUCUCGAAAAGUUCAAACGAACCCCCACAAAAGGCAGCCGUCGGCAAAGGCGUCACCGUCGUGGCUGUCGUGACCAUCUGAAGGACCAACGUCUCCCUUUAGUUGUUAGGAUCCCGCUGAUUUACCAAUUACCACCAUACCCACCUCCACCUUCCGCCGCCAACCACGGCUGGCGCUGCUCGUCCAUCCCAAAAGCCUCGCCACAGCUGAAAACCCCUCUUUUGUGGGUCUCGGUAAUCUCACAUCUCUGCUCCCUUUUACAGAUGCCAAGUGCGAGGUAUGACCGUUCCGUUCGAUGAAUUGGGGAUUCCGUUAUCGCUCUGCUGCGACUCUGGCGUCUCCGGCCUCGUGUGGCGCUGCCCUUUCUUUUGUCACUUUUCAGGCUGUUCGUCCUUCUGUCGGCUGCCGGAUCUGCCCCGGUCUAGAAUUGGGACCGCCGUAGCAACGGACCUGCUGAUGCAGCUUCUUUCCCAAUUCGACUUCCAACUGACAACUGGUAUGCAGGCUGGCUUUUCCAUUGGUGGAUAAAAGCUGCGUCACAAGAAAGCCGGUCUAAUCCUUCUUCACAUCGACCAGGUCGUAAAUUGAUUCUCGCUUAUCCUUAUCCUUUACCUCUUUGCUUUUUGGGCUGGGCUUACUGUGUUUCUCUUAGCUUGGCACGGGCCUAUUAUUCGUUUCGUUAUUAAUUAUGUGUGCUCUUUUUUUCCACAUACCGCGAUGGUCUUCUGUCAUCACUAGCGUGGCCCCGGCUAGUUGGCCGGAGGAAGGUAAGGUAUACAAUUUGAUGACGUAAUAUGAUAUAUUGCUUAUUGUUGUAUACUUUUUUCGGAAACACGUGAUAAAAAUAGUGAAUUUUAGCAAGAAAGAGAUAUAAAUGAUGCAACGAAUUACAAAUCAGCUUUAUGAAACAAAAUCAAGUAUCUGUUACCUUGUGAAACAAUAUUAUUUCUGGUAAUAUGAUGAGGUGGAGUAAAUUUUAUAGAAACCGAAUUCCAGAAAAUCGAAUAAAAAAUAGCUUAUCCCUCCGGCCUUUGGGAAAUGAGCAUCUCACGAUUGUUGCUAGUUUUUACUCGGCCCUUGGGCCAAUUAAUUUGCUUUAUAAAACUUUCAUCUUGUCGUCAUUGCUUUCUGGUUUUUGCCAGACCAUGAUAAAAUCUAAACUAAUCAAGAACGAACACCACGAUUUGGGAUAGGAACCGUCGUUCCUGUAUAUCUAGAAAAUGGUGGUAAACACGGACUCACCUGAUGGACUGGUUUGGAUUGAGAUUUUUAUCGGGUAUCAGGGAACUAUGUGAUUAUAAAUUAGACUUGAUCAAAACGAGUCAAAACUUGAAAUUCAGCCUAUUUGACCGACCCAUGCCAAACUCUAAUUAUUCUUUAUUUUUAAACUUUCUAUUUGGAAAUAAAAAAUAAUGAAGAAAAUAGAUAAUUGCAAUUCGCCAUUUCACAUCACUGAUUCGGGAAUAAAAUCAUAGAAAUUCAAAAAGAAACUAAAAAUGUUUAGGAUCGUUUUAAUGUUAAAAAUAACCAAAUAAAUCUUUCUGUUUAGUUUUUUACUAACACAUAUCAAACGAUUCCCUAUAAAAUACACUAUAAUUUAAUCAUUAUGAUAUCAAAUAAUUAUAUAAUAUAUAUUUGAAAUGAUAAAAAUUGGACUAAUUAGGUUGGUCGAGGUUGAACCAUUUAAUAACAUUAAAAUACAUUAUAUUUUAGCCACUAAGAUAUAAAAUAAUAGUAUAAUAUAUAUUAUGCUAGAGAAAAUAGCUUAUUUUAGAAUGACAAACCCAUGAUUUUCAUUUGUUUUACUUGAUGGCCAAAUCCCGUAUAGGUCAGGCCCAUUCAACUAUUUUAAUUUAUGGUUAUUGGUUAGCCCAUUAGAAUUUAUGCAUAAGUUUAUUGUUAUAUUUUUUAUUUUUGGCAAUAAAAAGGAGUAUUGUUUUUGCCCUUUCAUAUAUAUUUUACCAACACUGAGAAAUAUAAGGGGUUAAAGAAAAAAAUUGACACUCAUGGGCCCGUUUAAAUCCGCUAUGUACGGUAAGUUGGCCCGUUCCACAGAGGAAAGAAAAAAAUUGACACUCCCUAUUCUACCCUUCCUACAAACGCUUGGAGCAUAUAAUUUGAAAUGGGGGAAGGGUUUUUUCCCUCCAUGCUAUUAUAUUAUGUGUAGAAACACCAUUAUCCAUAAAUAGAAAAAGAUAAGCAAAAAGGCGAGAAACAGUUAGACAAUGGAAAAGUCUGCACAUGAAUUCCUUGCUAGCUCUAGGGAGUUUUUGUCACAAUAAACAACCCUCUAGAAAAUCCAAAACCUUGAGACAUCAAACAAACCUCCCACAACACUAAUGUAUGGCAUGCCCAUUUUCCAACAGGUUUGUCCAAUUUAAACGUCAAAACGAAAUUCAAGCAAUGGAUUACUUCUAAAUAAAUGAGCUUUUCACCAUUAAACCAAAAUUCACAAUCAUUAACAGUUAAUGCAAAGAAUACAUUUCUCAGGCCAAUUACAACAUCUAACUAAACGAUAUAUUAGAAUGGAUUGAAUCUUUUUCCUACUAAUGAUAUAAACAUAUACCAGUACCAUCGUUGUACACUGACCUGCCAUUUGAGAUGAGUUACUUUGUAAUACAAUUGCAUUUUCUAAACACCCAUAAGGGCAUUACGAAACCAAGUUUAAUUAAAAAUCUUCAUAUUCCACUUCGAAGAUUCCAUUUCAAAAAUAGGAGAGUUUAACCUGUCAAGUCACUCAUUUGACAAAAUCUCAAACCACUAUUAAUCAAUGUUAUAUAAAGGCAAGUAGCCCAAAUUUUGUACUUUAUGGAAUAAUCUCAAAUCAUUAUCAAUUAAUGUGCCAACUACCUGAUGUGCAGAAUAGCUUUGGAGCUGUAAUGUUUGUGUUGGUCUACCUUCAAACAUAGCCGCAUCAUGAACGAAAACAAUUAAGCAAAAAUCUUCAUAUUCCAAGUAGAACAACUCAAUUCAAUUUGGCCUACGCUUUAUACAUAUCGGUUACCCCUGGACGUGUUGCACUUGCUGCCUUCAGAUCUUCAUGAACACAAUACAAUUGAGGAGAGGAGGUUGUCAAUGGAGUGGAGUGUGUUAAUUAAGUGAAUCAUCAUACAACUGAAUAAACGGGGUCUUCUUGAUUUGCUAUCAGAACAGUAGGGGUAGCUGCAACCGUCGGUUGCUCCAUCUAUGUAUUCUAGUUAGAAUAUGUGGCAUAGGUUGUAGGGAUUAGGUUUCAGUGAUAACUUUGGCACAGGAGGAGAGUAGGUUCGUGGGGGAGGUAACCCGGCGAGUAGAAUGGGAAGCUUUGGAGAGGCUGCGAUGGGUGCAUGAUUUGUUGGCCAAAUCACAGUUUGGGUCGUUUAAAUCACAAUUUUUUUUACUUUCAUGCUCAACAGACUAGCCGCACUAACACAUUCUAAAUUAACCCCUCCAAAAAUUGCUUUGGGUGCAUCAAAUUUGAAAUGGGAUCCCUCAUUUCUCAUUUGACCUUUAUAUUAUGUGUAGAUUGUGAGAGUGAUGAGUGUACAUGUAGACAUGUCAUUGUCCUACAAAUUCAUUAACACUCCAAAAUAUAGUGAAAUGCCACCAUAUUAACUCAAUCUCGUAUAAUGAUCGUUGGAUUCAAUCAUGCUAGAUUAGGAAGAUGUUUAAAAUGUAGUGGUUAACCCGAAUAAAACGUUAAAAGAACCAGUCCCAUAUAGUUUGCACAAAGAUAUGAUUGCUUCAUAUUAGUUCUGAAAACUAAUACUAAUUUAAGAAGUCGACUUUGCUUCUACAUAUUUAAUAUUGCAAUUCGAUAUGCAAUAUUCGAACUAGUGAUAUUUGGAUUGCAAUUUUAGAGUUAUCAUAUAUUUAUAAGAUAGAUAGAAAUUUAAAUUAAGUAUCAAAAUAUAAUUAAAAUAAUCAAAAUAUGAAAAUUCAAGUAUCAAAACACCAAAUAAGUACUAAAGGGGGAUUCAGAGGCCAGCUAAUCGUUGAAAAAGUCAUAUGAUUUUCGAAAUUUAGGUUCGUAUAUGUUUUUAAUUUAAAAAGAUACAACAAAUGUACUUAGUGUGAUUGGUUAUGAUCCUUACUUUUCCUUAAAGUGGUCAUGGUUUGAAUCCCAAUAUCUGUCUUUUUUAUGAAUAAAUAAAAAAGAGUAAUUAUGAAGACCAAAUGUCCUUCCUAUUUUCACUCUUGUUGCAAGAAAUUUGAAAUGGAGCAACAGUUUUUCCCUUCCUGCUAUUAUAUAUUGUGCAGAUUUCUCGAUUUGCUUUGUAAUUCAAUAGCUAAAUUACACGAUUGGUCACUUAAAUUAUACAAAUCUUUCACAUUUUCCACUCGAAUUGGUGCGAGAGCGGUGAAGCAAGUUGUAAAAGUGUUGGUUCGAACCCAGAUAAUAAAUAGUUUCCUAAAUUUGGCACAACAUCUACACCACUCAACUACAACUAUUCUCUUGGAACAAUAAUAUAUUGACAAAGUUUUACUCAUUGAAUGCUAAAAAUCCUCAAUAACUUCAAACAACCAUAAGGUGAAGCAAGUUGUAGAAGUGGUGGUUCGAACCCAGAUAAUAAAUAGUUUACUAAAUUUGGCACAACAUCUACACCACUCAACUACAACUAUUCUUUUAGAACAAUAAUAUAUUGACAAAGUUUUACUCCUUGAAUGCUAAAUUAAUGGAUAAUGAUAGGCAGACCAAAGAUUGCACAUCGCAGUCUAAGCGUGCUUGCUUUGUGCACCGGCACAGCAGAAUUCGAAUCCGCCCGGCAUGGUGGGGUAGGAGCAUCCUGUCGGCAAUCUUUUUGGCUUGACCAAUAAGUCUUAUGUCCUCCGAGUCGCACGGCGUUUUAACCUAAGCGGGAGGGAGUGAUCCACAAGAGGAGCUCUUCCUUCUACUUGAUGAAAGACUCAGACUGCCGAUGAAGGGGAAAGAUACUUCUAAUACAACACUAAAUAAACCUUUCUUACCUGCUUUAGAUCUGCAAGAUCUAUGGGGGGCUCUCCAUGCUUCUAGUGAAUUCAGAAGUUUUUCUGCAAGUGUAGGCGAAAAUGUUCAAUCUUACUUUUUUCAUUUCCCCCGUAUUUUUAAUUAUGCUCUUCGAAGGGAAUAAAUAUGCUCUUCGAAGGUUUAUUAUGAGCCCGUAGGGCGAAGGAACGAAGUCACUCGCAUUUUAAUUAAAACAAGUAGGGAGAGGAACGAGCUCGACGCAUCCUACUUCAGCAAGUGUUGAUAGAACAAAAGAAAGAGACAAGAACAAGGAAAGGCACAACCGAACUGCUCAGACAGCCAAAGAAUCAAUCAUGAAAAAAACGGCACACGAGCUCCUAACAGCAGCCAUAGCUCGAGCAAGAAGGAAAUCUUUAUUUUUAUCAUAGAAUUCCAUUCCAUUUUUGCUUUCAGCAAGUAGGCGACGCGAAUCUGGGGCAUAGAUACCAAACAAACCUGACCCCUAUCUAUCGUCGUAGAAGCUGUUCCUAGGAAAGAUUAUGGUGAUCGGGUAUCCAAUCAAUUAAUCCCACAAACCGGGGAAGCUUAAAUGGAAAGGAAAGAAUAGCUUGACUACGUGAUCGACCUAUAAUAAGUCUUUUGUUUGCUG